UGCCCUCGUCGCGUCUCUUGGCCCGCCCUCCCCCGAGCCAUCUGGCCCAACGAUGUCUCGUUUCCUUCGCACUGCAGCGGUCCUUCUGGCCCUCGAAGCUGGCCUCACUGUCGCUGCACCGACUGCGAGAGCAACCGGUCCGACCGUGAAACUCGACAAUGGAACGUUCGUCGGCACGACGUCCGGCUCUGUGUCGAAGUUCCUCGGCAUACCGUUUGCACAGUCACCAACAGGGGAUCUUCGAUUUCGCCUUCCAAAGACGAUUGAUCCUUACACGGGAACUCAGACGGUCUCUGCGUUCGGCCCAGCAUGCCCACAGCAAGAGAUUACUCUGCCCAUCAACAAUGCAUUGGCUCAAGACGCUAUCGACUUCAUUGUGAACGAACUCUACAGCGUCGUCAGUCCGUCGAGUGAAGAUUGUCUCACGCUCAAUGUUGUCAAGCCAGCAUCUGCGACGGCAUCCUCGAAGCUGCCAGUCGUCGUAUGGAUUUUCGGCGGCGGUUUCGAGAUCGGGGGAACUUCGAUCUAUGAUGGCGGGAGCAUUGUCCAAAAGUCCAUCGACCUGGGAGAGCCUGUGGUCUACGUCAGCAUGAACUAUCGCGUUUCUGCCUUCGGCUUCCUGGCCAGCGAAGAAGUGAAGAAUGCAGGGAUUGGCAAUCUCGGUCUCCAGGAUCAACGCGAAGCCUUGCGAUGGAUCCAGAAGUACAUAGGUGCCUUCGGGGGCGAUCCUACCAAGGUGACCAUCUGGGGUGAGAGUGCAGGCGCGAUCUCCGUUGCGCUUCAUAUGAUCACCAAUGGAGGCGACACCGAAGGACUGUUCCGUGGAGCGUUCAUGCAGUCCGGCUCGCCCAUACCUGUCGGUGACAUCUCAAACGGCCAAAAAUACUACGAUGCCCUCGUGGACGAAACGGGAUGCUCUGGAACGGCAGACACCCUGCAAUGUCUGCGAGCUGCGCCUUAUGGCACGCUCAAGAGCGCCGUGGACAAGUCCCCGAUGAUUUUUGCUUACCAGUCUCUGAACCUUGCAUGGCUUCCGCGUGUCGACGGCACGUUCUUGACGGAUACGCCAUUCAAUUUAGUCCAGCAAGGCAGUGUUGCAAACAUCCCGUUCAUAACAGGCGACUGCGACGACGAAGGAACGCUGUUCUCCCUCUCCAACACAAACGUGACCACGGACGCAGAUGUCAAAGACUACAUCUCGUCGAUCUACCUCUCGACGGCCUCGAGCGCCGAUGUCGACCACCUGCUUGACCUGUACACGGACGACAUCACCAAAGGAUCCCCAUACAGCACCGGCAUCCUGAACGCUAUCACUCCGCAGUUCAAACGUCUGGCGGCCUUGCAGGGCGACGUCGUCUUCCAGGCCCCACGACGCUUCUUCCUCAAGAACCGCGCCGACAAGCAGAACGCGUGGUCCUUCUUGAGCAAGCGUCUGAAACUGCUUCCCGUGCUCGGAUCGGUCCACGCCUCCGACCUCCUAAACGUCUACGGAUCCGGCGACAUGGUCGACUACCUCGUCCGCUUCGCCGCGACGCUCGACCCGAACGGCAACACCGGGAUCAACUGGCCCCAGUACACCACCGCGUCCCCGCAGCUCCUGACGUUCCAAGACGGCCUGAUCCCGCUGACGAUCACGCAGGACACCUACCGCCAGGCGGGCAUGGAGUUCCUGAUGCAGCUCUCGUUGGUGAAUCCGCUCUAG